GGGUGGAAUUACACUUUCACCAGCGUCCCCUCUGCUGGAGCCACCAGUGCCCGCCCCUGCCAGACAAUGCCCGUGGAGGAGUUUGUGGCCGGCUGGAUCUCUGGAGCUCUGGGCUUGGUCCUGGGACACCCCUUUGACACUGUAAAGGUGCGGCUGCAGACCCAGACCACAUACCGGGGCAUCGUUGAUUGUAUGGCCAAGACUUACCGCCACGAGUAAGCCUGCUGCUUGGCCCCUUUUGACCUCAUCAAAGUCCGGCUACAAAACCAGACAGAGCCCAAGGGGAAGUCAGGGAGCCCCCCACCCCAGUACCGGGGGCCCGUGCACUGCGUGGCCUCCAUCUUCCAGGCCGAGGGGCCCCGGGGGCUGUUCCCGGGAGCCUGGGCCCUGACGCUGCGGGACAACCCCAUCCUAGGAAUCUAUUUCGUCACCUAUGAAUGGCUGUGUCGCCAAUUCACGCUGGAUGGCCAGAACCCCAGCUCGGGCACAGUGCUGGUGGCAGGGGGCUCUGCCGGCGUCACCUCCUGGGUCACAGCUACCCCCUUAGACGUGAUCAAGCCCCGGAUGCAGAUAGCGGGGCUGAGGCAGAGGGUGCACUGGGGGCUGCUGGACUGCAUGGUGAGCAGCGCCCAGAGGGAAGGGCUGGGGGUCUUCUUCCGGGGGCUCGGCAUCAACAGUGCCCGUGCCUUUCCUGUCAACGCCGCCACCUUCCUCAGCUACGAGUACCUCCUCCACUCCCGGGGAUGA